AUGGCCGCCUCCAUGCAUCCACUCUUGAUAAGCCUCUUGCUGGCUGUUCUCUUGGGUUUGACCUCUCUGGGUGGACUGAGCUCUCGGCCCUCGGGUCAGGCUUUGGCCCAGGUCUCCACCAACAACCAGACAACAGAGCCCUCCGUGCUACCAGAGGCUGCCCUGGCUACGCCCACACCAGACGCCGAGGACCAAACAGUUCCAACCAGCGGGAACCGAUGCUGGGGUUACUAUGACGUCAUGGGCCAGUGGGACCCACCCUUCAAUUGUAACGCAGGAAUCUACCUGUUCUGUUGUGGUUCCUGCUUCUACCGCUUCUGCUGCCAGUUCAAGGUUCACAGUUUGGACCAGACUUCCUGUUCCAACUAUGACACACCUGUGUGGGCUAACACCGGGAGACCGGCGGCACCUGUCACAGAGGUCCACGAGGAACCAGACCGGGAUCGGACCCACAUGAUCGUCUAUAUUAUCUGUGGAGUGGUGGCCAUCAUGGUGUUGGUCGGGAUUUUCACCAAGCUUGGGCUGGAGAAAAGUCAGGGAGGACAGACUGACAUGACCAACUCCAGGACUCUGACGGAACUCUUGAAGCAGCCAGGGGAGGCAGGAGCAGUGGAUGGAACCGCGGUUCAUCAUCCUAUAGGGACCAAUGGCAUCUCCGCCAGGUCGCUACGCUCCAACAAUGAUCAUAACCAUUUGAACAACGCAGCCUUGUCUCCCCUGGGUCCAGCCAUGGCCUUGUCUCACCCCCACAACAACCUGGGAAUCGGCUUUAACAAGUACACCUCGCUCAAGGCCGUGGACACGGCUACCAGAGACUACUACAAAAGCUACCCAAUGGUGGAUUACACCCACCGCCAGUCCCCUCCUACUUUCCAGCCUAUCAACUUCCAUCCCAAGGACAAGCCCUUCCUGCCACCGCCUGAUGUCCAUGCGCCACUGGCCAUCACCAUCAACGCCUCCCAAAUCCCCAAGCCUAAGAUAUCCAAGACCAAUACCCACCCUCUCACCUCCAGCUCAGCCUUCAAAGCAUGGGACCCCAGUAAGAGUCAUGCCCCGCACCCGGUGGCCUCCCACAUGACCCUCCAGGGGCAGCAGCAUCACCCCAUCCAGCAGCAGCAGCAUCAGCCGCUGCACCAGCCCAACAGCCGUCGCCAGGCUUACUCCAACAAGAGGCAGUUCAGCAUCGAGACACUGCCCGAGCUCUUCUCACAGCCGCUGGGCUACGGCCAUUCACCACGCAUGCACCCCAAGCACAAGGGACUGCCCACCAACAGCAAGACCGAGGUCACUGUCUGA